AUGACCGAAAUCGGACAAGUCGGACAGGAAAAGCGAGGAAUUCGUACUGACCCGAUUAUCAAGAAGAAAAUGUUUGGAGGUUGCCCCCGUGAGUAUCUGGAAAUUCUGGAAACGAUUGACAAGGGGAAAUUCUUUGACGAGCCCAACUACGAACGAAUGUACUACCUGCUGAGAGAGUCGAUGAAGAACACGGGAUCAACUGAGUAUCCGUACGAUUGGGAGGAAUCGUUGAAUAAGAAGAUGAAGGAAGAACAAGAGAAGAAGAAGAAUGGAGUGACAGAACAGACUCAGAAAGUGAUUAAGAAGAAGGAAGUGGAGUUGGAGGCUGGAAAAUCGUUGAAGGAGGUGAAGGAGAAGGAAAAGGAGAAGGCGAAGGAGCCGGAGAAGAAGGUUGAGAAGUAUGAGGAUGAGAAGAAGGAGGAGUUGUAUUGA